AUGGAGCAGCGGCCGGCGGCGACCUCCGCGAGGACGCGCGGCCUUCUCGCCGGCGUCUGCCUCGUCUGGAUCAUCGGCGGCAUCUGCGCCACCGAACCACUUCAGGAGCCGCGCUUCACCAAUCAACCGUCCAGCAGUGGCAAUAUACUUAGCGAAAAUCGCACGAAGUUUCUGCAAUGCCAAGCGAGAGGCAACCCUCAACCAAAGUACAAAUGGUUCAAAGACGGGCUACCCCUCAACAACGAGCUCACCUCGGGGCCCUACUUCCGCAUUCACAGUACGCGGCGCGAGGACGCCGGGGUGUAUCACUGCGUCGCAACGAACGACGUUGGGUCCAUAUUCAGCGAUCGUCUCGUCUUCGCCGUAGCCUAUAUGGGGACGUUCGACGAUCUCACGGAGAAAGUGGUGACCGUCGAGUCGGGUAGCGCCGCGAUUCUGGAGCUACCGCCGAUCGAGAGCCACCCCACUCCCGACGUGUCGUGGUUCUCCUCGGACGGGACUCUUCUGUACGGCAUAAAGUACGCCACGACCCAUCACACGUUGAUCAUACUAAACGCUUCGGAAAACGACGAGGGCUCCUACAGGGCGAAGGCUAUUAACACUCAAUUGGGCAAGGAGGAGAUCAGUCCGUUUUUCAAACUGAAAGUCACCGGCGACCCGUACGCGGAGGUGGCCCCUACUAUAAUCGUCAAGCCGCAGGAUACGCAGAUAAUCAAAGAUCAAGACGUCACGCACAUAAAUUGCAUCGCGAAUGCCAGAUCGCUUCACGAACUGAGGACCUUGUGGAUGAAGGACGGCAUUCCGAUCGAGAACUCUAGGAUAUCGUAUAGCUUUAACGAUUCGUGGAAUAGAACGCUCGCAUUGAUCUCAGCCAACAUAACUUACACGGGAAUCUACUCCUGCCACGUGGACUUGCGGAGUGGCGGUUAUCCGACCGUAAAUGCGAGCGCUAAAAUCGUUGUAUAUGAAAAACCGACGUUUAUAACGGAAUUAAAAAGGGAAACUCUGAGUGAUUAUGGGUCCACGGUAACAUUACCGUGCGACGCUAAUGGCGUGCCGCCUCCUACAAUCAGUUGGUUCCGUAAUGCCGAGCCCGUUGAUCAUUUACUGGGAACCAGAUACAUGAUGGAGGAAGAUGGUUCGCUGACAAUUAAGAAAUUAACUAUGGACGACUCGGGGAUGUUUCAGUGCCUCGCGUCCAACGAAGCCGGCGAGUCCUCCAGUUACACCUGGCUGAAAGCGAAAACGUCUGGACCGAUAAUGGAAAACGGACCGCAGAAUUUGACAGUGUUAGACGGCAAAGAUGCAACUCUGAGUUGCAACGCGAUCGCGGCGCCUAAGCCGAAUGCCACCUGGUAUUAUAACGAUACGAUACCAGUGGAAAUCGCCGGGAGAGUGCAAGUCCUGGACAACGGCGAUCUUUUAAUCGCGGCGGUGAAACCGUACGACGCGGGAAAAUAUACUUGCAUCCGCGCGAACGAAGCCGGCUCUGUCAACGGAUCGGCGUAUUUAACUGUUAUGGUCCGGACUCAAAUUAUCCAACCACCUGUUGAUACGUCCGUGCUUCUCGGGCGUACCGCCGAAUUGCAGUGUAAAGUUUCGAAUGAUCCCAGCGUCCUGUACGAUAUGGCAUGGUUUCACAAUGGACAAGUAAUAAACACUCAAGCGAGUCAAAGGGUGAAGAUGCGAUUGGACGGCACUCUCGAGAUCGUUACCGUUCGAGCUUCCGACGUGGGCGAGUACACGUGCUCCGUGGAGUCGCCGGGUGGCAACGAAACGCGAUCCGCUCGUCUGAGCGUGAUCGAAUUGCCGUUUCCGCCGAUCAACGUCGUGGCCACGCGGGUCGAGAGGAUCUCGCCGCGCACGAUCAACGUCACAUGGGUGCCCGGCUUCGACGGCAACAGCCCCACGAAGAAAUUCAUAGUCCAGAGACGAGAGGUGUCCGAUCUGGGGCCUAUACACGAUCCGAUAUUAAACUGGGUCACCGAGCGCGAUAACGUGUCCGCGACCAGUCGAUGGGUAUUAUUGAAUAAUUUGAAAGCCGCUGCGUCCUAUCAAUUUCGUGUCAGCGCCGAAAAUAGCGUCGGCGAAGGUCCAUCGUCAGCACCCAGCAACAUCGUCGUUCUACCCCAAGAACCGCCCAGCGGUUCGCCGAUUGGCUUCGUCGGCUCAGCACGUUCGUCGUCGGAAAUAAUAACGCAAUGGCAACCUCCGCUAGAAGAAUACCGAAACGGCCAUAUCUUGGGAUAUAUACUGAGAUACGCGCUCUUCGGGUACAACGACAGCCCGUGGACGAUGCAAAAUAUCACCAACGAGGCGCAAAGAAAUUAUCUCAUUACGGAUUUAAUCACGUGGAAGGACUACGAAGUGCAAAUAGCGGCUUUCAACGAAAAGGGCGUGGGUGUAUAUUCGAAGGGCUUGCAGAUAAAAACCAGGGAAGGAGUCCCGGAAGCGCCUCCCACAAACGUGAAGGCAAAAGCGGUUAAUUCAACGGCGGUGAAAGUUUGGUGGAAGCCACCGAAUCCUCAAAAGAUCAAUGGGAUUAAUCAGGGAUACAAAUUGCAAGCCUGGAUCGACGGUAAUUUUACAGAUGCGACCGAGUACAAAUCGAUGACCGUACCGCCGAGUUUGUUCGAUCCGCUCGCCGAGCAGAACGCCAUUAUGACAGGCUUAAAAAAGUACACGCUGUACAAUAUCACGGUGCUCUGCUUCACCGAUCCAGGUGACGGUGAAAGGAGCUUGCCCGUCGAAAUUCGCACUCGCGAAGACGUACCUGAAGAAGUGGAAAACCUACAAUUCGAGGAUAUCAGCGAUCGUGCGCUAACAGUGAAGUGGAGUCCUCCCAAAGAGACCAACGGAAUAUUGACGCAUUAUCAGUUGAAAUACAUGAUCAAAGAAAUUCCGGAGUCUUUGCGCGUCGAAAAUUUCACGGCCGACGUAUUGUCGAUCAAAGUGGAGCAUCUUCAGGCGCUGACCCACUACAAAUUUGAAGUGACGGCUUGGACAUCGGUUGGAUCCGGCAAAGCGAAAGUAGCAACCAUACAAUCAGGCGUCGAGCCGGUGCUACCGGAACCACCCACGAAGCUAGCGUUAUCCAACAUAGACGCGUUCUCCAUCGUGUUGCAGUUCACGCCAGGAUUCGACGGAAACUCGUCCAUCACGAAGUGGACAGUGCAGGCACAAACGGCGCGAAACUCGACGUGGUACACUAUCUACGAGGUGUCCGAUCCCGACGCCAGUACGAUCACCGUCGACGGUUUGACUCCCUUCAUGCAAUACAAGCUCCGUUUGAUCGCGAACAACGUAGUCGGCGCCUCGCAGCCCUCCGAGCCGACCAAAGAGUUCCAGACGAUUCAGGCACCACCCUCUCAUCCCCCGAAAAAUGUCACGGUCCGCGCGAUGAGUGCCACCGAGUUACGCGUUAGGUGGAUCCCAUUGCAGCAAAUAGAAUGGUACGGAAAUCCGCGGGGAUACAAUGUCACUUAUACGGAAGUACGAACGAACAUCUCGAAGAGCAGUAUUAUCGAGGAUCACACCGCGAACUCAUAUGUAUUGGAAAAUAUGGAGGAGUACGCCGAUUAUGAAAUAGUGAUGCAAGCGUUCAACGACGUCGGCUCUUCGGCGGCGAGUCCGAAGGCCAUUGAACGAACUCGUGAGUCGGUUCCUUCCCUGGGGCCGAUUAACGUAGAGGCAAACGCGACGUCCUCUACGACUAUCCUGGUGCGAUGGGGCGACGUGCCCGAGGAACAUCAGAACGGGCAGAUCGAAGGCUUCAAGGUGUACUACGGCGCGAACUCCAGAUCGACCUUCCAGUACAAGAAUAUUCCCAGCAACACCACUUUCACGACCACCUUAACGGAGCUUCGCAAGUACGUCCAGUACCACGUGCAAGUUUUAGCCUACACGAGACUCGGCGAUGGAGCGCUGAGCGUCCCACCUGUUAGAGUCCAGACUUUCGAAGACACUCCUGGUCCACCGUCUAAUGUAUCCUUCCCCGACGUGAGCUUGACCACCGCGCGCAUUAUCUGGGACACACCAGAGGAUCCCAACGGAGAGAUCCUCGCGUACAAAGUCAUGUUUCAUUUGAACAACAGUCAAGAUCGCCAAUUUUCUAAAGAAUUCCCGGCAUCGGACAGAACAUUCAGAGCCACCGGACUCGAGUCCGAGAAGUAUUACAUGUUCUCCGUGACGGCGCAGACGAGAUUGGGUUGGGGCAAGACGGCCUACGCGCUCGUAUUUACCACGAACAAUAGGGAACGUCCUCAAGCGCCGUCGGUGCCGCAAGUGAGCAAGUCGCAGAUCCAAAGUCGCCAGAUAACGUUUAGCUGGACGCCAGGCAGAGACGGCUUUGCACCGUUAAGGUAUUACACAGUGCAACAGUCGGAAAAUUCCGGACCGUUCCAAAUCAUCCCCGAGAGAGUGGAGCCCACUCUGACGUCGUACACGGCUAACAACUUGAAGCCUUACACGCACUACCAGUUCCGCAUUCAGGCUACCAACGACAUAGGGCCGUCAGAGUGGAGCAACGAGUCCGCUCAGGUGCAGACUCUACCUGCAGCGCCGUCGAAGGGUGUCACCGGUCUGAAAGUUGUACCGAUAACAACAUCCAGCGUCGAGGUUCAUUGGAACAUGAUCGACGAGGUGUAUUGGAGCGGCGAUUACGGGACGGGUGGUUAUCGUGUCGUUUAUCAGCCGGUCUCGGACUUCCCGACACCUCUUCAGGCAACGCCGAAACAAGAGAUUUUGGGAAUUAAUGAAACUAAAAUGGUUUUAAGCGACUUGACGGAGGACCGAUAUUAUGAGAUUGUGGUGCUGCCAUUUAAUUCGGAAGGCGAGGGCCCGCCGAGUCCACCGGUCACCGUGUACGUGGGCGAGGCGGUUCCUACGGGGGAGCCCCAAAAUCUGAUAGUCGAGUCCAUCUCUUCCACCGAAGUCAGUUUGCAGUGGAAACCUCCGCAGGCCAAUAUGCAAAAUGGCGAUUUACAAGGAUAUAGGAUUUUCUAUUUGGUGACCGACUCUCCCCAGGAACUAGAGAAAAAGCAGGAAGAGGAGAUAGAAGUCGUUCCAGCGUCUUGCUUGGCGCACAAUUUAGUUUUUCUUGACAAGUAUACGGAAUAUCGUAUACAAGUUUUAGCGUUUAAUCCGGCCGGAGAUGGCCCACGAUCUCCGCCAAUUACCGUGAGAACGAAACAGGACAUACCAGGACCACCGCAUCAUUUACAGUUUAACGAAAUUACCAUGACCAGCUUGCGCGUCUCUUGGGAGCCGCCGAAGUUACGCAAUGGCGAGAUAGUUGGUUACAUCGUCAUGUAUGAAACGGCAGAGCAAAACGACCGUUUCACUAAACAUGUUACGCAAAAAGUGACGGAGACGAGUCUCCUUAUCCAGCCGCUGGAGGAGGAGGUGACGUAUACCUUCAUGGUUCGCGCGCAGACGAUCGACUUCGGACCGCCGAUAUCCGGCAAUGUUACGACUGGUCCGCAGGAGGGUUCGCCAAUGGCGCCCAGCAAUCUCGGCGUGACCAGGACGGUCUCCAGCGUGGAACUGGAGUGGACCAACGGGGCUUCCGGCAAGGGUCCUUUACUCGGUUAUUAUAUCGAGACUCGUCGCAAAGACGAUUCGCGCUGGCAGACAAUAAUUCGUACUAGCAACGGACCACUGACGGAGUAUACCGUGUCUUAUCAGAACUUACUGCCGUCCACAUCGUAUUUGUUCAGAGUGAUAUCGUACAAUCGUUACGGGAUCAGUUAUCCAGCGUAUUCCAGCGAAACGAUUUUGACGCCGUCGAAACUGUACCUGGAAUACGCAUACCUACAACACAAGCCGUUUUACAGGCGGACUUGGUUCAUGGUUACUUUAGCCGCUAUAUCAAUUAUAAUUAUCAUUACGGUCAUAGCAAUAUUAGUAGUGAAGAGUAAAAGCUAUAAAUAUAAACAAGAGGCGCAAAAGACUCUGGAGGAGUCGAUGGCGAUAGACGCGGACGACAGGCAGGAAUCCGAUCUGGAAUUGUACAGAUCGCGUCAGGGCGGUUCCGUUAACGUGGCCAGCGGCACUCUGGGCAAGAGGAGUACGUUGGCCCGGAAGGCGAUGCAUCCUCCGCCACCGACGAUGCUGGGCAAAUCGCCGCCCAGACCGUCUCCAGCGUCGGUCGCCUACCACAGCGACGAGGAGAGCCUCAAGGGAUACGAUGAGAAUCCCGACGACAGCAGCGUCACGGAGAAGCCCUCCGAAAUUAGUUCCACCGAUUCGCAGGGUUCCGAGAGCGAGAACGAGAGUGUGCAGUCCGAUCCGCAUUCCUUCGUGAAUCACUACGCGAACGUGAACGACUCGCUGAGGCAGUCGUGGAAGCGGCAAAAACCCGUCCGGAACUAUUCGUCGUACACGGACUCCGAGCCGGAGGGCAGCGCGGUCGUCAGCCUGAACGGCGGUCAGAUUAUCAUGAACAACAUGGCAAGAUCGAGAGCGCCGCUGCCCGGUUUCUCGUCGUUCGUGUAAUUAAAAAACGAAUUGUCGAGACUGCGCGUUGACACACCGAGUUUCUCUUUUUUUAUUCAUAUAUAUCAAAAUUUACCAUCGCAGCCACCACUUUGCUUUGAGCGAAGUCUUUUUUUUUAUACAUAUAAAUAUAUAUAGAGCGAAAGACUUACGCCAGGAACACGCGUGUGUUUUGCGCGCGUGCUGACGGGCAUAGACUUGUAGCAAACUAUAUAGGAAGCUUGAGGCAUCUUCGUAUAUUGUGAUAUAUUGAUACAUAUAUUAUUUAUAAUUCUUCGAUAAGGCACUUUGCAUUUAAUAGAUACUUUUGUACUUUUCUCGAAUUAGCUUAAGGGUCAAACAGCAUAUGGAUCUCGUGCGAAAAUUUCACAAAUUUCGUGCCUGUGCAGAGCAGAGGGAGCGUAAAAGUUCAAGUAUCAUUCUUUUUUUUUUCGACAGAUAUUUCGGCCUUCAUCUUUCUAUCUCUCAGGUACACGAUUACACGCAUAAUUCAGUCCUGAGGAUCUUGUAUUUUUUUUUAAAGGUAUUUAUCGCGGACGUAUUUUUAAACGGACAAUCGCAUUCGCGAUGUCGCAGAUUUUUUCGAAGUUUUCCAACAAAAAAAAAUAUCAGACUUAACGUGUUGCAAUCGCGUUGGCCUAUCAUAUCAUUUUAUCAAUCCACUAGAGACAUUAAUGAAGAUCGCGAGUUGUGGGACGACACUGUGUAAAUCCGCUCUUAACGCUGGCGUACUUGCGCGUCAGGUGUGCGUGUAAAUAUGUUAUAUACUUCCCGUAAGAAUGUAGAUUUUGUAUAAUGCUGCUAACCACACGCUAUUCAGCGGGCUAUAUCUAUCGCAUUCGCGUCUUGUGAUAUACAGUAAAAGCUCCAUAUUCGCGGGACGUACAUUUUGCUGAAUCGUCAUGAAUCGCGAUUCUGUAAGAUAAAAUAUGUGCAGGAAGAGUAAAAUUUAGUAUUAAAAAAAAAAUACACAUAUAACAU